AUGCGUCCAACUCCUUCAAGGGGCGGAAGUCAAGAAGCUAGUGCACCAUCAACAUCUAAAACCACAAAAACAUGGGAUCAAGAUCAACAAUAUAUUCCAAAUACAUUCAGUGAUUCUUCAUUUCAGCAACCACAAUCAAAUUUCGCCACUAACCCUGAACCAGCUACUUCAAACAGUCGAGUAUACACUAUUGAUGAAUUGUUAGCUGUUUGGUCACAAAUUCAAGAGAAAAUCAGCAAUGGCGAAUCUGUUGAAUCAUAUCGUUCACUGCAACCAAUUAAGGAACUUAUUGAACAAAUUGAUGGUGAUAGAACUUUCCAGGGUACUUUAUCCAAGAAAGAUGAUCCACAAGUGGUUGAGAUCAAUGAAAAGCUUAAUGAUUUUUCCAGGUGGGCUAAGAAUGAAUCGACAACUAGUUCUACUAAUCAGGUUCCUACAUCUUCAAUCCCUGGUAUAAAUACUAGCAGAUUAAACGAUAAUGUAUUAACAGGGAGUCCAUUCUUGAACAAUUCAUUACUGAGUGCUGGUACUGAUCAAUCUUUGAAUUCUCCUUAUGGUAACGGUGGAGCUUCAGUAUUUGGUCAACCAACGUUUAACAACUUGGUGCAACCAGCUCAGAUCAAUUGGUAUUAUUUGGAUCCAACUAAUAAUCAACAAGGUCCAUUUGAUGGUAUUUCAAUGCAUUCAUGGUUCAUUGCUGGGUAUUUAAGUCUGAACUUGAACAUUAGAAGAGAAGAAGAAUUUAGUUAUUACCCACUGCAACAAUUGAUGUCAUCUACUAAUAAUCAAUUUUCUCCAUUCUUGACACCAUUACCAAACUUAGCACCACAAUCUGCAUCAUUCUCUAAUUCAUUAAAUUUUGACCAACAAUUGCCUGAUUUAUUCAAUCAAAGCUUAUCCUUACAACAACCUCAGGCUCAAACAGGGUACGGAAAUUUACAAAAUGGUAUUCAACCAAACUGGACAAAACAGCUACAAGCACAACAGCUACAAGCAUCUACUUCUGGUCGUAACUCACCUUGGGUUACUCAGCCAGAUCUGUCUCAAGAUGCUGUUUCUGCUCAAAAUUUCAGAAUCGGUGGACAAUCACCAUUUGUCAAUCAAUCAUUCACAAAUCAAAAUGCAUCAACUUCUUUAUCUACUGCUCCAGUCGCUGAUACCACUGAUGCUACAACUUCUUCUGUCCCUUCCCAAGAUGAAGAUAUUUUGAACCAAAUCAACAAUAAAGUUUUAGACAGCGUUUUGAAAGACGAAUCACCAGCUUCAAAAGAACAAACUGCUCCAAAAUCUGAAGUUAAACCUCAACAAUCCACUUCAAGAAAAGAACAAUCAAAGGCUAAAGAUUCUAUUCCUUCUAAGACAAUUUCAUCUGCUCCACAAGUCGCUUCAUCAACCACAUCAGCAGCAGCUGUUGCUACUCCCGUUCAAAAGCAAGCAGCUAAGACUUCUAACGGUCAGCAACCAACCGCAGAAGAAUCUUCAAAAGCUGUAAAAGCAGAACAAACGAAGUCCUCUGCACCAAAAUUAGCACCAUGGGCUAAUAAAUCUGUUUCAAAUGCACCACAAUUAACUUUGGAACAAAUUCAAAGAUUAGAAGCUGAAGAAUCUGCUAAACAAACAAAAGCUAAAGUUAAACAAGAUAAAUUAUUAGCUGCUCAAUUGUUAGCAAACACUGAGAAAUCAAUUAAAGAUUCAGAAGCUCCAAAGACAAUCUUACCAACUACCUCAAGUUGGGGUACUCCAACAAAAGCAUCAGCUCCUCCAGCUAAAACUUUAUUAGACAUUCAACGUGAAGAAGAAGCUGCUGCUUCUGCUGCCGCUGCCGCUGCUGCCGCUGCUGUUAGUGCUUCAAAUGGUUCCUCAUCUGCAUCAACAACACCAUUGAAAAAACCAGCCGCUGCUAAUAAGAACUCAUUUGCAUCAAUCGCAACUUCUUCAGUUCCAUCAACUAAUGCUUGGACUACUGUUAGUUCAAAUAGAAAACCAGUUGUGAAGACCCAAGCACCAAAGAUCACAUCAACUGUUAAGCCAGUUACACCAGAGAUUUUACGUAGUGUAUCUGCUAAUACUGCUGCUCAACUUCAACCAACAAGUCAAGUUUAUAAAACUGUUUCACCAAGACAAGAAUUUUUGAACUGGGUUCGUACUUCAAUGAAAUUAAACAAAGGUGUUAAUAAAGAUGAAGUCUUACAAGUUUUAUUGAUGUUACCAGUUGGUUCAGAAUCAUCAGAAAUCGUUGCUGAUACUAUUUAUUCAAACAGUUCUACUAUGGAUGGUAGAAGAUUUGCUCAAGACUUCAUGAAACGUCGUAAAGCUGUUGAAGAUCAAUCUCAAGAUGGUUUAUCAUGGGAUGAAGCCUUGCGUAUCAGUGCUGAAAAUGAUGAUGAUGGAUGGGAUUUCCAAGUUGUUGGUAAAAAGAAGAAGGGUAAAAACUAA